AAUAAAAUAAUUUUUAAAGUCACCCUCUUACACUGGGUAGUCACUAACAUUUGUACUUCAAAGAAGAGACAAAGGUGAUUCGCCUCUUGUGUGACUCCAUUUUUGUUCAACAUUUCCUAUUAAUUGGAAGGUAUUUAUCAUCACAGCAUCUUUCAAAUGGAUCACCUCACCAUUGAUACACAAAGAUUUACCAGUGGGAAGGAGUACAUCUACAAACUGAGUGGCCUCUUUAGCAGCAUAUCAACUUUUGUAUUUGAAAUACUCAUUGCAAGCAGCUUAUGCUGGCGCCUGUGGGAAUUUGACAACAAUGAUGUGCAGUUUGUGUCCUUUGGACUGUGGGAGGUAUAUUACCCUCAACAGGUUAACAUCUCUGGGACACUAACCACGAUCCUGGUGUAUACCCCAAUUGAUUCAACUUGGAACAUUUCAACUGAAUUUUUAUAUGCACAGAACCUGAUAGUAUGGGCAAUUUUGAUGAAGCCUGUGGUUCUGGUUUUCAGCAUAAUGGCCAUUAAGCUCAGCUUCAUGAAGGACUCACUUGUGGAUAUGCAGAUAUGUUGCUACAAGGUUUCUGCCUUAAUUUUGUCUGUUAGCAGUGUAUUCACAUUUGUUUCUGUGACCUGGAACCAUAUGGUAGAUCUUUAUGGCCAAACCACUCUUGACUUUCCAUCUGAUUUUCCUGUUAAGAAAGAAGCCUUAAGAAACAAACAUUUAACUGCUAUGUUACCAGUAGGCCUCCUUAUAGCCACCAUGUCAGUCUUUGGUGUGAUCAUGUUUCUCUCUGAGAUAAGAUAUUUGAAACUACAGAGUCCUGUGAAGGCCAAGUAUGCUUCCAAAAAGGACCUUCUAGAGGCCUGAAGUGAAGACUUUUGAAUUUUCAACAUUUGUGAGAAUGGUCUUUGGGAAGUUUCCUAUUCCUACAGGAAACUCAUGUAGUCCUCAUUCUGAAUAAAUUUGUUCUAUAUCAAGCA